GGAAGUGUGAUACAGACCAUUUACCAUAACUGUCCACAUUGAUCAUCGCAGAAAGAAUUAUCUACUAUUUCAAAUUGAAGCAUUAUCAGCUGUGCGAGAUAGAACUCUACGUUCCAUUUCGUGAAAGUAUUUUCGUGAAAAAAUGUGUACUCAAACGAAGGCUGCUGCUCUCAUUGCGAACAUUCCAGAGGCAGAAAUCGACCCGACUGGUGUGUUCAAAUACGUUCUCAUUCGAGUACACAGUAAAGAAGACGGCGACGACUCGAGCGUAGAUAUUGUACGUGGAUAUGCCUGGGCCGAAUAUCAUGCUGAUAUCUAUGACAAGGUAGCAGAGGAGCUUGAGAAAGGAGGGCACCUAGAUUGUGAAUGUAUUGGAGGAGGAAGGAUUAAGCAUGACUGCCAGUCAAAGAAGAUCCACGUCUAUGGCUACUCCAUGGGCUUCGGAAAAGCAAAUCACGCUGUUUCCACAGAGAAACUGAAGGUGCGCUACCCUAAAUACGAGAUCACCUGGGCUGAUGAGGGAUAUUGACCUACACUGGACCCGUCUUGGUUCAGGCCUAUCUCCUUUCUGUGUCAAUAAGUGUGGGCCAAUAGUACACAGCAGAACCUCAGUGGCAUCGCAUUAUGUGAGAUCUGAAGACAAACCUGUCAGUACAAAGCUGAAACUGGGACUAAGACUGACACAGUAGUUGCUGACUAAUAUAGCCAGAACAACAGUGCUUGAUUUUCUAUUUUGUUUCAGUGAAACAAUAGAUGGAAAACAUAUUACUUAACAGAAGUCGUUUUAUGUUUAAACAUAAAAUGAAUAAAUGCUUGCGUUGAUUUAA